CUAGUAGUCUGGUUUUAGAAAAAGUGAAAACAGCGUAUAAUAAUGUAAAUUGAGGUUUUUUAAUCUAGUGGUGCUAGUUUAUGGGUGAGUAACCAGCGUAACAAAAUCGGAGAACAAAGGCUGUCCACUAACAACAAAACUCAUGAACUAUAAGUGUCGUGCACUGACAGGAGGUCACGCAUGUAGUGGUGUAGUGAAAUUUCUGUUUGCUUGUUUUGGAAGUUGGAUGUGGAAACUCCGCGACUAGGCCCCGUUUUCCCUUCCGCCCCCAUACGAAAAUCCCAAAAUGAGCGACGACGACCGCGAUAUCGACGUGGAGAGCGACGAGGGAGACGAUUCGGACUCAAAACACCCAAUCCCAAGGCAAUCCUCCGGAUCGCAAUAUUUCUCUCAGGCAGAAAAAAGAGCACACCAUAAUGCGUUAGAGCGAAAGCGACGCGAUCACAUAAAGGACAGCUUCAGCAGUCUGAGAGAUUCAGUGCCCUCCCUGAAUGGUGAAAAGGUGGCAAGCCGUGCGCAAAUACUGAAAAAAGCGGCGGAAUAUAUUGUGUUCAUGAAGAAAAAGAACAAUUCACACCAGCAGGAUAUUGAUGACCUGAAAAGGCAAAACAGCCUGCUGGAGGCUCAAAUACGCACAUUGGAAAAGGCAAAAAUGUCGGGAACCUACUCCGUUGGGUGUAGCGACGGCAAAGAUUCUUCCUAUAAUGAAACUGAAUCAGACACAUCAGAUAUGGAAGGGUCCAUUCAACAACGAAGGCCCAAGAAAAUGAAAGUCGGCAGUUGUCAUUAAUACCAAUGAGACUGUUAUCGGAUGCGGAAGAAAGUAUUAUGGACAUGUCUUCUUAAAAUAAAGGCACCGGCUUAGGUGCCAAAUAUUUUUGUCAGACUUAAUCAUAGGCUACACUAGAAUAAUUGAGUGUCCCAAUUCAUUUCUCCAACUGAAAUCUCGGUGACAUCAAUUUUUCCACCGGAAGUUGGAUUGUCUCUCAUCAGGUUACGUCACUGGACUAUAUUUUUUGUUUUAAGUCUUUAUUGUUUUGUAUAGAUGAAAUUAUAUUAAGAUUGUAUAUUAUAAAUAUUUAAUUUUUUUUACUUAAUAAUGUUUGUAGUUUUAAUACAAACAUGCGACAUUGUUUAGGUGUAAGAUAUUAAUUAAUAAAAAAUACACUUUACAAUU